AUGGCCGCCGCCUACCGCAACACCAUGACCAACGUCUGCAAAUGGUGCGACAACUCCAACCCCAUCUGUGACGGCGCCGUCUGCUUCACCAACUGCAGCCUGAGCUCAUACUGCGACAGCGUCGAGGAGAUCUGCGUCACCGUCUGGAAGCAGGAUAAUGACAGCGUGCGGGUCACGUCUCUGUGCCAUCACCCUCUCCUCCCAUUGGAGAACGUCCUGGUGCCCAGUUAUAAUUCGGUCAGAUGUGUGAUGCAGGCGAUGCCCUCGGAGACCGGCCGUCUGUACGUCUGCGGCUGUGUGAACGAGCAGGAGUGCAACGACAAACUCAUCUUCUACAACACGUCGGAUGGAUACGCCGUGCUGCACAGCCGGGAGGCUCUUCCUGUGGCCGCCAUCAGCCUGCUCCCCCCUCUUCUGCUGGCCGUCAUGAUCGCUGUCCUGUUCUACCUUUACCGCACCCAGAGACUGAGGAAGAGGAGCAAAUUGUGGGCGGAGAAGGCCGGGAAUGGCACCAGCGUGCCGCUGCACAGCAGGAAGGCCAAGUUCAGCUAUAGGUUGUCCUCCUCGCUGACCGCCGGCUCUCAGGGGGAGAUGAGUACCGCCUGUGCCAACAGCAUCAACCACAACACCGAGCUGCUGCCCAUCGAGCUCGAUCAACGCGUCGGCAAAGGCCGGUUCGCCGAAGUGUGGAGAGCCAAACUGAAGCACACCGCCUCCGGCCACCAUGAGAUCGUAGCGGUGAAGAUCUUCCCCUUCCAGGAAUAUUUGUCCUGGAGGUACGAGAGACACAUUUUCACCGACGCCGACCUGAAACACGAGAACGUCCUCCAGUUCAUCACCUCCGAGGAGCGAAUGAGCAGUCUGCAGAAAGACUAUUGGAUCAUCACGGCCUACCACGCCCGGGGCAACCUGAAGGACCACCUGACCCAUCACGUCCUGAGCUGGCCCGCCUUGUUAAAGAUGGCGGGAUCCAUUGUCAAUGGCGUGGCCCAUCUGCACAGUGAUUACACUCCAUGCGGGACAGCCAAGAUCGCCAUUGCUCACCGGGAUAUCAAAAGUACCAACAUCCUGGUGAAAAGUGACUCGACGUGUGCGCUGUGCGACUUCGGCAUUGCGCUGAGACUCGACCCCUCGCUCACCGUAGAUGACUUUGCCAACAGCGGGCAGGUUGGGACCGCGCGGUACAUGGCCCCUGAGGUUCUUGAGACCCGGGUGAAUCUGGAAGACCUGGAGUCCUUCAAGCAGAUGGACGUUUACUCUCUGUCUCUGGUCCUGUGGGAAGUGGCGUCUAGGUGCGACGCCAUUGGAGAGGUGAGGAAUUACGAGCUGCCAUUUGGCUCCAUGGUGCAGCAACAUCCGUGUGUGGAGACCAUGAGGGACGUUGUGCUACACGGCAGAGGACGGCCGGACAUACCCGACACCUGGAGGAGAGAUCCGGGGAUGGAAAUUCUGAGUGACACCAUCGCCGAGUGCUGGGACCACGACCCGGAGGCCCGGCUGACAGCGCACUGCGUGGCCGAGCGCUUUAAUAUCAUGGAACAGGUGGUGCGGGACGGGGUCAGCUGAACCGCU